CACUUUAAUAAUUUUGUAUAUUAUAAGCCUCUCCUUCCCAUUUACGUUACUUUUCUUCUUUCUCUUUGCUUUUAUAUAUAUAUAUAUAUAAUAUAAGCGGCGGAGAAAGUGUUGAUCCGAAUCCGAUAUCAUAGCGGGUCGCAAAGCCAUAUCGGAUCCGAAAGCCCAGCGAGCCAUUGCAGCAGCAGCAGCGUGAUGGAGAUGGAGAAGAACAUGGAGAUGGAGAUGGAGAUGGAGAUAGAGGUGAUCCGUGAGGCUUCGGCAAUGAGAUCGUGGUCCAGGAAGCAUCGGAGGGCAGGCAGGAACAUCGCCUUCGUCCCCACCAUGGGAUUCCUCCACGAGGGUCAUCUCUCACUCAUCCACCAUGCCAAGGCCUAUGCCGACCUCAUCGUCGUCUCCAUCUACGUCAAUCCGGGCCAGUUCUCACCCUCUGAGGAUCUCUCCACCUAUCCCUCUGAUUUCCCUGGUGAUCUCCUAAAGCUCUCCCGAUCCGGUAUUGUAGAUGCCGUCUUCUGUCCCUCCAAUCUCUAUGACUACCAGCACCGCCACCACGCUGCAGAGCCAUCAGCAAUAGCAAGACCUCCCAAUGAUGGUACGGCCGGCAUUUCUUGCUUGGAUGAUGAUGAUGAUGAUGAUGGGUGUGGGCACGAGACGUGGAUUAGGGUUGGGAGAUUGGAACAGGGACUAUGCGGGAAGAGCAGGCCUGUUUUCUUUAGAGGAGUUGCUACUAUUGUUGCAAAGCUCUUUAAUAUUGUGGAGCCUGAUGUUGCAGUCUUUGGGAAAAAGGAUUACCAGCAAUGGCGUAUUAUUUCUAGAAUGGUUCGUGAUCUUGACUUUGGAGUUAAAAUUAUUGGUUCUGAAAUUAUAAGAGAGGCUGAUGGUUUGGCCAUGAGCUCGCGCAAUGUGCACCUCUCACCUGAAGAAAGGGUAAAGGCCCUCUCCAUCAGUAAAUCUCUGUUCCAAACAAAAUCAGAGGCACAGGGUGGGCAAAUUAACUGCAAAGAAUUGAAAAGUUCAGUGGUUGGAAAGAUUACAGAAGCUGGUGGGAGGAUAGAUUACGUUGAGAUAGUAGAGCAGGAAAGUUUAAAACCUGUGGAAAAGAUUGAAAGCCCUGUUGUGAUGUGUAUUGCAGCAUGGUUCGGAAAAGUUAGGUUGAUUGAUAACAUGGAAAUUGUUUUGUGAAGGGGUGUUUGAAAUAAGUGUUUGAUGAUUAGUAAUAAUAAUUUUGGGACUUUUGUGUCAUUAAUACCCAAGUUUAAUUUAGUUUUAUAUAUAAAUGAAAAGGUUGUUCUUUUUAAUCUCAAGCUACCUGCAAAGAGGGAGCAGGUAGCUCCGGAGACAUUUUUUGGAAGGCCGAGCACAAUGCCCAGAUCCAAGCCCGUGAUGGUUGUCAGUCCGUCUGGAGUAAGAAUUACAUGCUUUUGCCGGUCGAGCUUACAGAACAGGUUGUGUAUUGUCCUUGGGCCAUUAUUAGAGACCCAAAUUGUGGAUUCAUCUAAUCCCAUAAAACUACAUUGGCAUAAAAGUACAUUGGUCAAAUAAAUAUUUUUUUUAAAAUUAUUUUAUGAUCU